UAUCGAUAAAUGCUUUUCCGAUGAAAUAGCUCUGCUUAAAUCCUUUCCUUUUAGGCCCUCUCUGGAAGCAGAACGUCCAACGUUUUUGACCCUUUUUCGUUCUGCUUAAAUAUUGAGUGCAGCAUGAGCCUGAAGUCCAGUGCAAGGAUCAAGAAACGCCGCUCGGAGGCAGCGGCUGCCACCUAUCCGGUGCCAUCUUCAGCUCAGACCGGGAACGGCAGUUCGUCCUCCACACCGAGCGCGGCCAUUGUCACAGCAAAUCCAGCUAAUGGCGCUCAAAAUCCCUGCCAGAAUUCCUCCAAGAAGCACAGUUUCGUGGGACGCAAUCCCAACUUUGACACCGAUGAGACCAAGCUGCUCAUCCAAUUGUGGGGCGAUCCAAAGUUGCAAAGGACUCUCAUCACCACGCACAAGAAGCACGCCGUGAUCUGUCAGCUGGCCGCCAAGAUGCAGGAGUACGGCUACCAUCGUUCGCCGGAGGAGAUAACCACACGGAUCAAGAACCUCAAGUGCUUCUAUAACCGCUUGAAGAAGGACAAGGAGUGCGGCGGCUUGUCCACCGAUUCGGAGCCCAGUUGGAAGCACUUUGCCGAGAUGGACGCCAUCAUGACCAGACCCAUCUUCAGUGUGCGGCCCAACGAGGUGCCUGCUCCUUCGCUCAAAUACCAACUGGAGCAGGCUCUGGAGGAGCAUGCCGAGCGUCGCAAACUCCGGCUGGAAAACGGCGAAGAGCUGUCCGACAGCGACAACGAGGAGGAUGACAUGCUGCUCUCCGCUUUGGUGACCAAAAACAAGGAGACCGUGAACAGAAAGGAACUGGAGGCCGGUUGUCUGGAAUCCGACAUGGACAUGAACGAGGAAUCCUUUUUGAAGCGUCGCAAACUGUCCGCCGAAGUGGAUAUUGACAUUGGCGAGGCUCUGACUUCACCCUGCGUCAAAAGCGAGCCUGUCCAGGAGGUGGAAGCUGCUCAAGUGGCUCCGCCAGUUGAGCCCGAGCCCGAGGAAGACGAUGACUGCAUGCUCCUGCCGCAGCCCAAGGAAGAACCAAUCGAUGUGGACGCCUCAGAUGAUUCGCCAAACGAGAAAUCCCCCAGUUCCAGCUCGUCAUCGACUCUGGUUGAUAUGUUGCAGCGCAACAAGCCGGCCAAUCUGCUCCCCUUCACUGGGGCAAAUGUCAUCAUCCCGGCCAGCAUUACCACCACCACAGCUGGCAUCAGCUCAACCACCCAGAGCUCAACCAACACUCCGAAUAAACUGCAGGGGGGCAAGAUCUCGCUGGUGCCCACAAAUUUCCUAAUGCAAUCCAAGCUGCCGGCUGCCGCGGGACCAAGUCCCAUGUCAAACGCCAAGGGAGCUGCUCCCCAGCUGCAGCUGCUGCAGAGUGCCAUCAAUCAGGGCGCUCGGCUGAUGAUUAGCGGAUCGGCUGCAGCACCGGCACAGCCAAGCAACGCCGGUUUGGUGGCCACCGCCCCCGGAGGAGUCAAGUUUGUGUUGGUCAAUGCGGAGCAGGCCAAGGCGGCGGCAGCUGCUGCCGCUGUGGGAAAGUCCACGGCUUCCCUUCCUCUGGCCACUGCCCAAGCUCAAGUGCAGGCUGCAGUGCAACAGCAGCAGCAGAAACUACAACAGAGUAUUCAACAGGAGCAGCAUAUGCAACACCAGCAGCAGAUCCAGCUGGAGAAGGAAGAGACCCGCAGGGUUCAGGAGAAAGCUCGUGAGGAUCUGCAAUCGAAGCGCUACAUGACAACAGCAAUGAGAGUGCUCUUGCGCCAGCUGUUGAAUUCCCAAAACGAGGCCAACGAAAUCCAGCACAAUCGUCUGUCUCUGGAACGCGAGCGUUUGGACUGGGAAAAAUCCAUGGGUGAUCGCCUGCUCAACUUGUUGCCUAGUCUCGUGCAGCCGGCUGCAUCCGGCUCGCCAUGCUCCACUGCCCAGCGCCUGCAGCCCCCCAAAUUGCUGUUCACGACCGCCCUGCCGAUGGGCAAUGGCACCGUCACCAUGCCGCACAUCCUAACAUCCAAUUCGCUGCCCAAGGUCGUACCCAGCACAAGCUGCAACAGUAGCGUAGCGGUGGCAGGAUCUGGGAUUGGAGGAUUGGUUGCCAGUGUGGCCGCCGCACUUGUGGACAAUGACGUCCAAUUGGUAACGCCCAAGCAGGAGAAGGAGGCCUGAACCGGAGGUGAAGUGGUCGUGUUAAGUGAUUGAUAUUAGAAGCAUCUUUCAGUGAUCUCAAAGAAAUGAUAUUGUAGUCGUAACUUUAGUAUACUCUAAAAUGGCUCUUCUAAUAAUAACAAUAAUAAAAAUUGAACUAGUCUCGCAUUUUAAAAUAUAUUUGGAUUAUGGAUUGAUCUUGAAUUAU